GGGAAGAGAAGAGCCGCACAAGAGAAAGAAAGCAAGAGAGGGAGAAGAUUCUGGCCGUAGGGAGAACUUCCAGUGCACUGGCCUUCUUGUGCGACUCAUAUCUCGAGUUCUGUCCAUACAAAAGAGGCGUGUGAGGUUCCCACUGAAACCUCUCGAAAAGAGGAAUCCAUAGGCGUGCGUUUUGAAGAAAACGGAGCAGCUUAAGUCUUCCAAAUCGUCCGAACGAAACGAAACCUCGCAGAAUACGAUUUUGUAUUCAAAGUUAGGAAACGUUUUCGCCGGAAAACACCCAUUCUAGGGGCUGUUUUUGAAUCAUUGGAUAAGUGUUGAACUAGCACCUUGAGGAGGCUGUCUAAACAUCAAUUCUAAGCAAGGAAUCAGUUCUCAAACUUCCUUGGCCGAAGCUUUGAGCAUUGUAUUAAAAAGGAAAGGUUUAAAGCUCAUUUGAGGUUGAGGCUAGAGCUUACUACAUGUGCUUGUUGAUCGGGCGAUCAUCUCAGAGGGGAAGACUUGAAAUGGACGGUGGUGGCAAGGUUACGAGAAGGAACCCGACGGGCCGUGCACCGGUGGGGACCGGGCAGGGGAGCCGUGGGGCCUCUAGAGUGUCUAGAGGGGCGAGCCGUGGAGGCCGAUCGCACUCUGUGAGCGACGGCAAUGUUGACACCGAGGAUGAAACCUACUGGUCCUAUGAGGACUUGACUUACCAACCGGAGACCGAGCCGGUUGAGACCCCUUACGAAGGGGAUGACGAUGAUAUAAGUGAUGAAGAUGGGGAGAAUGACUCCCUAGCAAGAAUUGAGGCGCUGCUCCAGCAAUACCAGCGGGAGCGUGAAGAGAGGAGAGAACGCCGAAGGCGCCGAGGAGGGCAAACUUCGGGUAGGGCUUCAAGAGGAAGAAGCCAUGGUGACUCUAGGGCCCAUAUUGAACUACAUGGGGGCCGGGGUGAUGGAGGUCCAAUCAUAAGGAUCUCAAAAUUUCUCAAGGAGGCGAGGGACUUGGGGUGCAAACCCUUCAAUGGAACGGGUGACAUCUCGGUCGCCGCGGAAUGGAUCAAGAGGCUGAACGAAGCAGCCCUUGAUAUGCAGCUCACCCCCGAGUUUAAACUCAGGGUGGCGGUGAGAUUGCUUGAAGGGAUGGCGUCCACAUGGUGGGACGGGGCCAAGGGCAAGUAUGGCAGGACCGUGACUUGGGAGAAUUUUCGACAGGAGUUCUUUGCCCAAUACUAUUGCGAUUUUGAGGUGAUCGCUAAGAGGAGAGAGUAUACCCUCCUGACCCAGGGUGGCAAAAUGACGGUGAGGCAACUUGAACACAAAUUCAGGGAGCUCGCGGAGUUCAUACCGGAGUAUGUCUGUGAUGAGAACCGAAUGGUUAACCAUUUCUGGGAUGCCCUAGAUUUGGAAAUACGUGAAAGGGCAACACAAUUGCCCAACAUGACCUUCAGCCAAGUAGUUGAACAAGGGUUGAAGGGAGAGAAGGAAUGGGAAGAAAGAAAGAUGAAAAACGCUGAAGAGGCGAAGAAGAGAAAGUGGG